AUGGAAUCUCACAGGUCCGCUGAUGGAACUACGUUAUUGACCGACUCGGCAGACCAUCAUAUCAGGAGCUAUAUAUUGCCACCAGACUUACUUGAAGAGAGAUCAUCGGCUAUCCACCUCUCACCCUAUUCGACACUGGCCUCUGCUGAACCGACAUAUGCUAUGGCCACGUACCCUUUUUUCUCCCUCCAAGACCCUUCCACCACCUUGUUUCUCUCCUCCGUGAGAGAUCACCCAAUUAGACUGGCAUCUGCUUUGGCGCCAAUGCAGAUGGCGUCUUAUUCGCUGGUCAAUCCCAUGACAGAGGCUUUCAUUACACCCCACUCAAUGAUCUAUCCACCUAGUUUAGGAGGCACCCAAUUCCUCACUGGAUCCGAUAGCCUCAUCUGCCUGUUUGAUGUUUCGCGACCAGGAAACGACGGGCCUGUCACAACGAUGCCUACCAUACCAAGUAAGCGCAAACAAGUGGUGGGCGGUGGUGUUGGCAUGAAGGGCAUCGUUUCUGCACUGGCCGUCGAUACAAGCGCACAAGGCAUUUUGGCUGCAGGGACAUUUACGCGACACGUCGGGCUCUAUGACUCGCACGGAAGCGGGCAAUCUCUGGGAACGUUUAGCAUCGCGAAAACAGAGGCAGAUCCUCACAUAGGAGGGCGCGGGGUCACGCAACUCUUAUGGAGUCCUUGUGGACGGUAUCUUUAUGUCGCUGAACGCAAAAGUGAUGGCGUCCUGGUUUAUGAUAUCCGAGUGACCGGCCAACUGCUUGGGUGGCUGCAAGGGCGCAAGGCUCUCACCAAUCAGCGCAUGAAGAUCGACGUGGUGGCCACGGGCCAAGGAGAUUCGCAUGAGAUCUGGGCGGGAGGAACCGAUGGUUGCAUGCGAGUUUGGCAGAACCCCACGUAUAAUCCUGGAGCACAGGAACCGAAAUGGGAGUGGAAGGUUCAUGACGAGUCAGUAAGCAGUACUGUGGUGCAUCCUUUGGGCAAUGUGGCCGCAACAACUUCAGGGCAAAGAUACUUUGGGGACGAACCUGACGACGGUAUUCUGCCUCCUAAUCCGCAGACUGACAGGAGUCUGAAAGUCUGGUAUAUGCCGUUCUUGAACGAUAGCAACAAUGCCGAUUCAGUCACGAGUUGA